AUGCGCGUGAUCAGCAACGACUACAUCGACGCCCUUGCUGUCGCGAUCAAGACCAACCAAUGCGUGAAGACACUCGACUUCACCCGGUUCCCCAUGACUGCUGACCGCGCCGCCGCCAUCGCCAAUGCUCUCGAUCCACAGCGCAGCAUCGCCGUCAAGUUCCGAGACCGUGAUCAAGACGCCAAACUCGCCUUUGAGAAACGAAUUAGCAAGCGCCGUCAGCAGAGCACACCGCAACCUGACCAUCAUCACAAGCAUGACCAGCACGCGCAAGUGGCUGCUCCUCCCAAACCAGGGUCAUCGUCGCAGCUCUCGCACCACGCCCAGGCUGAAAUUUCUGCACUCAAGAAGAAGCUACAAGAGACCGGUGAGGCCAAGGCUCGACUCGCCACGGUGCGGCAGGACAAUGCGGCUGUGAAACAGGAGAACAUCGCUCUGCAGCAAGACAAGGAUGGCCUUCAGCAGCAACUCUCAAGUGUGCAACAGCAGCUCACCUCCACGACGUCUUCCCUCAACGAUGCUGGUGCUCGCAACGCUGAGCUAGAGCAGCAGGUGGCAGCGCUGAACGAAUCACUGGGCGAGACCGAGGACAUUGUCAAGCAAUUCCAAUCGCGCAUGGAGAAGUUGACCAAGGAGAACGCCUUCUUGAAGAAGCGCGUGGAGCUCAAGGAUGACUGGGAAGACAAGCUCGAGAGCGUGUUGAACCUGAACAUCCCAUCGUCCCGCUUCACCAACAAGAUUCCCAUCUUCGACAUCAACAACAAGCCCGUUGGUGGUUCGUUUGGUUCCCUGUUCAAGGCGGAGCUGGCGGGCCAGCCGGUUGCUCUCAAGCAGAUGCUUGUGGCCGAGCGCCCUCGUCUCUCAGAAAUCAUCGCAUGCGUUGCUGGGUCUGAGGACGUUCCAGACCACUUGAAGCAGCUGCGACGCGAGGCGCUCAUCCUGCUCUCCCUCCGCCAUCCCAACAUUGUGCACUUCCUUGGUCUCACUCACGAUGAGCAAAGCCACACGCUGGCCUUUGUGCUGAGCUGGGCCGAGAAUGGCUCUCUCUAUGAUGUCUUGCACGUGAAGAAGCAGCCGCUUGACGAGCCAACUUGUCUUCGCGUUGUAUUUGAGGUGGCCUGUGCCAUGGCGUUCCUGCACGCCCACAACGUCGUGCACCGCGACCUCAAAUCGCCCAACGUGCUGCUGGACGCAUCGCUCUCCGCGAAGUCAGCAGACAAGUCCGUGCUGACACAUGGAGGUGGCACACCGCUGUGGGCGUCACCCGAGCAGCUGCUUGGACAGGAGCUUCGUAUGGACACGGAUGUGUUCUCCUUCGCCGUUCUCCUGUGGGAGCUGUUCCUGAACAUCAAGCCAUGGCAUCACGGCAAAUACGCUGCACUGGGUGGCGCGUCAUCCAUUGUCAUUUCUAAGGCGUAUGAGGAGGGCCGGUAUCUCCCGCUUGACGUUGAGGUUGAUGGUCGCAGGCUGAGCCAUGCGGUGCAGCAGGUGCUUGGCCAGUGCUUUGACGUCAGCGGCAACCGACCUUCCUUUGUUCAGCUGCAAGGCACGCUGGGUGGGCAGUACACAGCCACCAAAGAACAGCAUGCAGUCGAUAUGGAACAGCAACACGAGCAGCUACAUGGUCCUGCCAAUGCCGCGUGGAAGUGGCAGCAGGACGUCCUCGAACCACUGCAGUCCUUCACGGUGACUCAUCCAACACGCGCGUCAGUGCGCAUCGCUACUGUUGGCGCCGCACACGACACGGCCACCGCCAUCGUCAAACAGAUGAUCACGGAAGCUGGCGGCUGCUCCGGUGAUGAGGCAACAGCAGCUCCUCUGCAGCCCUUUGGCAAGACCGUUGCUGGUGUCGCUGUUGUGCAGUGCAGCCAGAAGAAUGCUGCCUUCAACGGCGCAGUGCACCGCAACCAGACCCGUUAUCUUGGCCACACGAGCAGCGCCAACCACCCGUUCCACCCCAAGUACAAGAUCGAUACGGCAACGGGUGUGCCCACCGAUGCUGAGGAGGCUGCUGUCCUUGCUCGCGUCACCCUCCACCCUGCUGGCGCUUCACCGUACAAGGUGCUGGAUCAGACCAUGAUGCAGCCCGAUGUGCGUCUUCGCCUGCAGCGCGUGUUCCACGGCGUGCCGUCCUUUGCCGUGGCCAUGAGCAUCCUGGGUGGCGAUUUCGCACAGCUGCAGAAGACUGACAACGGCUGGUACGGUGCUGGCUUCUACUUCACGCCAGACCUCGACUAUGCUCUCGAGUACAGCGACGCGUGCCGUGACGUGCCGGCUGAACUGAAGAAGAUGAAAUUGCCUGCAGGCAAGCAGUUCCGCGUCGUGCUUGUGUGUGACGUGCAGUAUGGCAACCCAUACCCGGUCCGCGACGCUGCCACCUUCAACGGCAAGCCACUCGUUGGUGCACACGACGCCCAUGUUGCCGUGGUCGACUUCAGCACCGGCAGCGUCGUGGAUGCCAAGCCCAUCAAGUCGUCCCAGUGGGCCAGCAAGCGCACCGCCGCCGAGGUUGUGAUCAACGACCCAUCAUGCGUCCUCGUGCGCGGCAUCCUCGUGUUUGAGGCCUGAACGCAGCCGUAGGGGAGCAUCACCCACACCCCAGCAGCACCUUCGUUGGUGUGGUACAUCCUGCAACUUCCUCCUUCCCUUUCGCUCACCUGUUAUCCCAUGUUGCGUUCCUGUCUUCGUUCCCUUGCGUGUCAUCACAGUCACUGACCUACGCCAACCCCAGCAUGCAUUUGUGUUACAUUACGUGCGUCCCACGCUCUUUUCCAUUCACCACUUUCAUCCAUUCAUUGGUUUGCGUUUGUGCGUUGACACUCACGUCCUUGAACGCGUUCUUUACCUGCCCUGCAUUUGCCUUCUCCUCUUCCGUUCUUUCGUUCUCCUACACGGCCCUGCCAUUUGCUUGCUGUUCCAAGCAUUUCCGUUUCCGGCGAUCAUGAACUCGUUCUUGCGUUCCUACAAGUGCACCCCCGUUCACUUCCACCUCUGCCAGCGCCGUUACGUUCCUUCAACCCUCCACACACGUUGUUCGUGUCCACCACGGACCAGCGCAGUAGUACACCUUCCCCCCACACGUAAACCAGACACCCUUCCUAAAUCC